CACUACUAUAAUAAAUUCUACCACAAAAUCCACUUCACCUAAACCUACUAUUAUAAGAACCACUGCAAGCAAUUCUAUAGAACCUACCAGCACGAUGACCUCCAAUAACACUUCAGUUGCAACUUCAGUAUCACCAGUCACCGUUUCAACUGAAGCCACAGCCACAACAACAGCGGGAAUUUCCACAGAGGCUACAACCAAAACAGCCUCCACUACCACUUCCACUGAAUACACAUCCACAACAACAGUAAGCAAUGCAACUGAACAGUUCACCACAACAACUGCAGGUACUUCCACUGAGGCAACAACAACAAAAGCCACCACUGUCACCUCUGCUGAACCCACAACCAAAACAACGACCAGCACUGAAUGUGAACAGUCUGCCACCACAACUGUAGACACUUCCACUGAGACUACAACCACAACAGCCAACAAUACCACCUCUUCUGAACCCAUAACCAGAACAACAGCCAGCACUGCAACUGAACAGUCUGCCACUACAACUUCAGGCACUUCCACUGAGACAACAGCCACAACAGCCACCACCACAACCGCUACUGAAUCCACAGCCACAACAACAGCCAACACUGCAACUAAACAGAGUACUACCACAACUGUAGGCACUUCCACUCAGACUACAACCACAACAGCCACCACUACCACCUCUACUGAAUGCACAACCACAACAACAGCCAGCACUACAACUGAACAGUCUGCCACAGCAACUGAAGGUACUUCCAAUGGAAUUACAGAUAAAACAGACACCACUGCCACUUCUACUGAACCCAGCAGUACAACAACCAGCAUGGUAACUGAACAGUCUGCCACCACAACUGCAGGCACUUCCACUGAGACAACAGCUACAACAGCCACCACUACCACUUAUACUGAACCCACAAUGACAACCACAAUAAGCACUGCAGCUAAAGAGUCUGCCACCACAACUGUAGCCACUGCUACUGAGACCAAAAACACAGUAGUCAUCACUGCCACCUCUACUGAACGCACAACCACAACAGCAACCAGCACUACAACUGAACAGCCUGCCACCACAACUGCUGGCACUUCCACUGAGACUACAACAAUAACAGCAACCAAUACCAUUUCUACUGAACCCACAACCACAACAACAGCAAGCACUGCAACUGAACAGUCUGCCACCACAACUGCAGACAUUGCUACUGAGACUAGAACCAUAACAGCCACCACUGCAACCUCUACUGAACCCACAACCACAACAACAGCCAGCACUGCAACUGAACAGUCUUCCACCAAAACUGCUGGCACUUCCACUGAGACAAUAACCACAACAGCCACCACUACCACAUCUACUGAACCUGCAAUGACAACCACAGCAAGCACUGCAACUGAACAGUCUACCACCACAACUGCAGGAACUUCCAUUGAGACUACAACCGCAACAGCCAACACUACCACCUCUACUAAUUCCACCACCACAACAGCCAGCACUGUAACUGAGCAGUCUGCCACCACAACUGCAGGCACUUCCACUGAGAAUACAUCCACAGCAGACACCACUGCCACUUCUAUCAAACCCACAGUGACAACCACUGCAAGCACUGCAACUGAACAGUCUGCCACCACAACUGCAGACACUUCCAUUGAGACUACAACCACAAUGGCCACCGCUGCCACCUUUAGUGAACCCACAACCACAACAACAGCCAACACUGCAACUGAACAGUCUGCCACCACAACUGCAGACACUUCCACUGAGACUACAACCCCAUCUUCCACCACUACCACUUCUACUGAACCCACAACCACAACAAAAACCAGCACUGCAACUGAACAGUCUGCCACCACAACUGCAGACACUUCCAUUGAGACUACAACCACAGCAGUCACCACUGCCACCUCUACUGAACCCACAACCAUAACAAAAACCAGCACUGCAACUGAACAGUCUGCCAUCACAACUGUGGACACUUCCACUGAGACUACAACCCCAUCAUCCACCACUACCACUUCUGAACCCACAACCACAACAACAGCAAGCACUGCAACUGAACAGUCUGCCACCACAACUGCAGACACUGCUACUGAGACUACAACCAUAACAAUCACCACUGCAACCUCUACUGAACCCACAACCACAACAACAGCCAGCACUGCAACUGAACAGUCUUCCACCACAACUGCCGGCACUUCCACUGAGACAAUAACCAUGAUAGCCACCACUACCACAUCUACUGAACCUACAGUGACGAUUACAGCAAGCACUGCAUCUGAACAGUCUGCCACCACAACUGUAGGCACUUUCACUGAGACUACAACCCCAUCAUCCACCACUACCACAUCUACUGAACCCACAACCACAACAACAGCCAGCACUGCAACUGAACAGUCUGCCACCACAACUGCUGGCACUUCCACUGAGACAAUAGCCACAACAGCCACCACUACCACAUCUAUUGAACCCACAACCACAACAACAGCCAGCACUGCAACUGAACAGUCUGCCACCACAACUGUAGGCACUUCCACUGAGACUACAACCCCAUCAUCCACCACUGCCACCUUUACUGAACCUAUAACCACAACAAAACCAGCACUGCAACUGAAUAGUCUGCCAUCACAACUGUAGGCACUUCCACUGAGACUACAACCCCAUCAUCCACCACUACCACUUCUGAACCCACAACCACAACAACAGCCAGCACUGCAACUGAACUGUCUGCCACCACAACUGCAGACAUUUCCAUUGAGACUACAACCACAACAGCCACCACUGCCACCUCUACUGAACCCACAACCACAGCAGCCAGCACUGCAACUGAAUAGUCUGCCACCACAACUGCUGGCACUUCCACUGAGACAAUAACCACAAUAGCCACCACUACCUCAUCUACUGAACCUACAAUGACAACCACAGCAAGCACUGCAACUGAACAGUCUGCCACCACAACUGCAGACACUUCUACUGAGGCUACAGCCACACCACCGACCAAUUCCACCUUCACUGAACCCACAACCACAACAAUAGCCAGCACUGCAACUGAAUAGUCUGCUACUACAACUGCAGGCACAUCCACUGAGGCUACCUGCACAACAGCCACCAAUACCACUUCUACUGAACCCACAACAUCAACCACAGCAAGCACUGUAACUGAAUAGUCUGCCACCACUACUGCAGCCACAGCCACUGAGACUAUAACCACAACAGCCACCACUGCCACCUCUACUGAACCCGCAGCCACAACAACAGCCAGCACUGUAACUGAACAGUCUUCCACCACAAAUGCUGGCACUUCCACUGAGGCUACAACUACAACAGCAACCACAACCACCUCUACUGAAUCCACAACCAGAACAACAGCCAGCACUGCAACUGAACAGUC